UGCCCUAUGCUGUGCAGUCAGUCUAUGUCAGCCUGGGAGAGGAGAGGAGAGGAAAGACCAGGGAGACAUACAGACUCAGAACCAACCAGGCACAUGGGGCACUGACCCCUAUAUCAGAACUUCCACCACCGCCUACAACUUUACAAACCAUGUAUACUGGAGGGACAGACAACAGGCCAGAUCCAGAGACAGGGAUCGUUACCGGUGGCCCCCCACAGACGAGAGGAGACACUGAGCUGUUCUCCUCUUCUGAAGAGGACAGUAGCCUGUACUUCACCUAUAGUGGAGGUCGCAAUGAGAUAGAGGUCAGCAACCUGCACUAUGAGGUGGACACAGCUGCUCAGAUCCCGUGGUAUGAGAAGCUCUCAGAGUUUAAGAUGCCCUGGGAGAUGAAGGGAGACAAGCAGACAGCCAUAAACAAACUCAACCUGCGAGUCUGCAGUGGCCAGAUGCUGGCCAUCAUCGGCAGCUCAGGUUGUGGAAAGACCUCACUGCUGGACGUCAUAACGUGUCGUGAUGAGGGUGGCUCCAUGACGUCUGGCCAAGUGCUUAUCAACGGGCAACCUAGCAACCCAAAGCUGGUGAGGAAGACCAUCGCCCAUGUCCGCCAGGACGACCGCCUGCUGCCUCACCUUACUGUGAGGGAAACACUAGCCUUCGUGGCUAAGCUACGGCUACCCACAAACUUCAGUCAGAAACAGAGGGACCAGAGGGUGGAUGACGUCAUUGCAGAGCUGCGUCUGCGACAGUGUGCCCACACCCGGGUGGGCAAUGACUUGGUGAGAGGGGUGUCUGGGGGAGAGAGGAGGAGGGUCAGCAUCGCUGUGCAGCUGCUCUGGAACCCUGGUAUCCUGAUCCUAGAUGAGCCUACGUCGGGGCUGGACAGCUUCACGGCCCAUAACCUGGUGAUCACUCUGUCCCGGUUGGCCCGGGGGAACCGCCUGGUACUGCUGUCCAUCCACCAGCCACGCUCAGACAUCUUCCAGCUCUUUGACCUGGUGGUCCUGCUCUCCUCUGGCUCAGCCGUCUACUGUGGGCCCGCUAAAGACAUGGUUCCAUACUUCACAGCCCUGGGACACCCCUGCCCCCUCUACUGCAACCCCUCCGAUUUCUAUGUGGAUCUGAUCAGUAUAGACCGGCGCAGCCCAGAGAGAGAGGCUGAGUGUCUGGAGAGGGCCAGGGUGCUGUCAGCCCAGUUUGUGGAGAAGGUGAGAGGGACAGAUGACUUCAUGUGGAAGCCAGAGGAGCCAAGCACAACCCUGGAGGCCAUCACGACCACUCAGUCCGCAACUCAGGAGGAAGUGAUCACUAUAUCCAAACAAAAGGACCGCCUGCCAGGCCGACUACACCAGUUCACCAUCCUCAUCAGGCGGCAGGUGCACAAUGACUUCAGAGACCUGGUCACUUUGCUGGUGCACGGCUUCGAGGCUCUGCUCAUGUCUCUGCUGAUUGGAUUCCUGUACUUCGGGGCGGGGGAGGAGCGUCUGUCGAUCCAGGACACAGUCGCCCUGCUCUAUAUGAUCGGAGCUCUCACCCCAUUCGCCGUGGUCCUGGACGUCAUAGCAAAGUGUCACACAGAGAGAGCCAUGUUGUACCAUGAGCUGGAGGACGGCAUGUAUAACGUCACAUCCUACUUCUUUGCCAAGGUCCUGGGAGAGCUUCCGGAACACUGUGUGUUCACGUUGGUCUACGGCCUACCCAUCUACUGGCUGGCUGGCCUGAACCAGGCCCCGGACCGCUUUCUGCUCAACUUCCUGCUGGUGUGGCUCAUGGUGUACUGCAGCCGCAGCAUGGCUCUGUUUGUGGCUGCAGCCUUACCCACCCUGCAGACAUCAGCCUUCAUGGGCAAUUCUCUGUUCACUGUGUUCUACCUUACUGGAGGCUUCGUCAUUAGCCUGGAGAACAUGUGGUUAGUGGCGUCCUGGUUCUCCCAUGCCUCCUUCAUGCGCUGGGGCUUUGAGGGCAUGCUGCAAGUCCAGUUCAGGGGACUCAAGUACCCUGUCUCCAUCGGCAACUUCACCUUCAACAUCGAUGGCAUACAUGUGGUGGAAGCUAUGGAUAUGAACCAGUACCCUCUCUACUCCUGCUACCUGGUUCUCAUUGCUGUCGUAGUGGGCUUCAUGCUGCUCUACUACCUAUCACUCAAAUUCAUCAAGCAGAAGUCCAGCCAGGACUGGUGAAACCAUGGUUACAGUAACCAGUCUCUGGCCUCAUCCUAAACGGACUGUAAAACUAACCAAUGCUCAUUUCAGUACCACCCUCUGCCAUUGGAUGGCAGCAAAGUACUGCAUUCUGUGUAAAUGAGUUUCAAUGAGGGAUAAAAACAAAUCUUGGCAAAUGAUUGGAACGCCACUCAAGCUUUCGCAUGUUCCAUUUCUUUCUCAUUUCUGUUUUUACAGUGCUUCAUCUUUUCUGUAUAUGUAAGGUUAUUAAGCUUAACAAUAUGUGUACCAGUAGAAAGUCUAGUAAGAGCUAGUGAGAGGUUUAGUAAAGUCACACUGAAAAGGGGUUGGUGUUGUAGUUUGGUAGAUUAUGUCAAUUUUGCACGGGUGCAAAAGCCUGAUAAAUGUACAGCGGCCAUGUUCUAGAUUGAAGGAUUAAAUCAACUGAAGUACA